GCACAGCCGGGAGCACCCGUGAUAGGACGAGCCCCGGGCGUGCAUUGUGUAUAUGCAAACCGGAGCCGGGCUCCCCACAGCUGCCCGACCCGGGCCUGGGCUGUGGCUGUGACUGGCGCUGCCGUGGGCGCCGCAGCCCUCGCGGGAGCCGGACGCGGUAAUGCCCCAGCGGCGCAGCGGGCGGCUGCGUCCCUGAGCCGCUAUAUAAGCGCGGCAGGGGACACCCGGAGGGGCUGAAGAUGAAGGUGCCCGCGCAUGGGCCCCCGCUGAUUGCCAGUCCCUCCCGACCCCGCGCCCCGCGCGGAGCCCGAGGCCGCCGAGGACCCGCCUUCGCCGCAGUAGCAGCUGGAGCAGCGACAGAGGCGGCAGCUGCGGCGGCGGCGGCGGCGCCCGCGCCCCUCGCGCCAGCGCGUAGAGCGGCGGCGGCAGCUCGGGGGCCGCCACUGCCCCGGCUGCCAUGAGUUGUGCGGAGGUGAUGUAUCACCCCCAGCCGUAUGGAGCGUCCCAGUAUCUGCCCAACCCCAUGGCAGCGACAACCUGCCCCACAGCCUACUAUCAGCCGGCGCCCCAACCUGGCCAGCAGAAGUUAGCGGUAUUCAGCAAGAUGCAGGACUCUCUGGAAGUCACCCUUCCCAGCAAACAAGAGGAGGAGGAUGAGGAGGAGGAGGAGGAGGAGGAGAAAGACCAGCCUGCCGAGAUGGAGUACCUUAACUCUCGCUGUGUCCUUUUCACUUAUUUCCAGGGAGACAUUGGGUCAGUAGUGGAUGAACACUUCUCAAGAGCUUUGGGCCAAGCCAUCACCCUCCAUCCUGAAUCUGCCAUUUCAAAAAGCAAGAUGGGGCUAACCCCCCUAUGGCGAGACAGCUCAGCUCUCUCAAGCCAACGGAAUAGUUUCCCAACUUCCUUUUGGACCAGCUCUUACCAGCCCCCACCUGCACCUUGUUUGGGGGGAGUUCAUCCUGACUUCCAGGUCACUGGACCCCCUGGCACCUUUUCUGCAGCUGAUCCCAGUCCUUGGCCGGGACACAACCUGCAUCAGACUGGCCCAGCCCCUCCCCCUGCUGUGUCUGAGUCCUGGCCUUAUCCUUUGACAUCUCAGGUGAGCCCAUCCUACAGCCAUAUGCAUGACGUGUACAUGCGGCACCACCACCCUCAUGCCCACAUGCACCACCGCCACCGCCACCAUCAUCACCAUCACCACCCUCCUGCUGGCUCUGCCCUGGAUCCAUCCUAUGGGCCUCUGCUGAUGCCUUCAGUGCAUGCGGCCAGGAUUCCUGCUCCCCAGUGUGACAUCACAAAGACAGAACCGACUACAGUCACCUCUGCUACCUCAGCAUGGGCUGGAGCCUUUCAUGGAACAGUAGACAUAGUGCCCAGCGUGGGAUUCGAUACAGGUCUACAGCAUCAAGACAAGAGUAAGGAAUCACCAUGGUACUGAAACACACAAUCUUAGUGAGUUAAGUUGCAGCAUAAAUCCAAGGGCCCACUGGGAAAAGAUACUGUCGGGAUUUUCCAUUCAGCAAUAGGACACGAAAGGCAUAGAAGGAGAAGACAAAGUGUCACGCAGUUGACUGGUUUUCGGCCUUUCUUGAGAAAGCAAAGUGGGUCCCAGACAUUGAAGAAAAGCAUUUUUAUUUGUUUAUUUCCUCAUCUGAGCCUUUGCCAACUGUGCAACUCUCUCCUUUUGUUAUCUUGCUUUUAUCAAUAUAUAGCUAAGUUUUUGUUUCAUUUUGAUUUUUUUUUUUAGCCAACCACCUUGUCAGGAAAGGAUGAACCACACAUUAAAAUGUUCAUUCUUUCAGGAAUACAAGUUUGUAGCUCUAUGUGCAUCUAUUUUUGUAGAAAUACAAAAAGUUUGGUUUAGCAUUGAUGGGCUAUUUUUGAGGGAUGUAUUUUUUUUAAUAUUGUAAAAAUUGUUGAGUUCUGUUUAAAGAACUUGCUCUCAGAGAAGCACUGGCAAAAAUGUUUAAAAUGCUUAUCUCUAAGAUGUCUAUUAUAUGCUCUGUCUGUGCUUUCUAGGUUACCUCAAAUGUUUUGUUUUUUCCUUUUUACAAAAGUAGCUAUACCAUCGUCAAACCAAUGCAGUAUUGUUUUUACAUUGAAUCUCAGUAAAGAUUUAAUUCCAUGCUAGCUCAAUUAGUUUUGCAUUAUAUGUAUAGCUUGAAAAGUUUUUUUUAAUGACUGUACUAAAGAAAUGAUAUUUUAUUGCUUUGAUUUCUCCCAAAGAAUAACUUGGAGGUUGACUAAUAAGAAAGUUGGCAUAAACUUUCAAUCAAAUGAAGAGUUUGCCUAGAGGAGACUAAUUCUCUUUCUAGCCCCUCCAAAUUUGAUAAAUGGAACCAGAGGUUAUAUACAACUACAAGGAAAAAAAUGCAUUUAACCAUGCCACCUAUGAGUGCCAGUGACUUAUUUUACUUGUUUCUAAUUAUUCAUUCAUGGCAAUUUAAAAAGUCAUAUUUUCAGUGGGAUUUGUUUUUCCUGAAGAGCAUUUGAAGGAACAAUAUCUGGGAAGGUACUAGAAAAAUUACAAAGCCCGAGCUCUUUCUUAUAAUGCCACCUAUCCCUGUAAGCUAAACAAACAAACAAACAAACAAACAGUUCUAUAUAUAAUAGUUUCAACACAGAACUUAACAAGUCUCUUUUUUUGUUUGUUUAAAUCUGGCUUUACUUGAUUUAAUUCCUUUUUAGAAAGAAAUUUAGGGCAAAAUAAAGUGUAUAUUAGGAUUUAAAUUUAUACCACAAUUUAAAAAUAAAACCAGAGGUUAUAUACAAUUUAAAUUGGGCUAAAAAUUAAAAAUUUGAGGAUUUAACUUGAUAUAGCUCUCAGGAUCUAAAUAAAGUUGAAAUUAUCAUUAAGACACUGCUAGGAGAAGAUUAAGAUUAUGAAAGCAGCAGUUACUGAUACUGCUGGACUUCAAAGGCAAAGUUCAUUUCUUCCAUUAACUGCUUCCAGAGAUGUCAUGUAAAAAAGUUAGUGUAUUAGAGAAGGUUUUUAGCUUUAUAAAGAGGUUUUUUCAAAUUUCUCCCAUUUUUCUCUCCACCCACAUAAAAUAGUAUGUUCAGUGAAAUGCCACUUUCUAUCUUUAAUUGUUUGUAUCAUAUAUGCGAACUUUUUAGACAUGAACAUGACAUGUUCAGCUAGGCAGAGUUCUCACAGAUAAUUUUCAAAUAUUUUCCUUGGCUGUAAUUUCUGUAUUCAUUUAUAUCCUAUCCGUCUUUUGAGCUUCAGAUCUAUAUACUCUUUUGUACUCUCAUCACUCCGCACUUUGCUGUUUCUUACCUAGACUCUCUUUUACACAAUAUGCACAUUUUUACCAUUGUGGGGUCCAAAUUUAAGAUACCUUCCACUCACUAAUAAUAUGAACUUAUAUUUCCUGGGAGUAGCCAGGUUAAAUUUUCUAUACUUUGGUCCAUAAUUUGAUUUGAUAUGAUUGUUUCAUUUAUAAUUUGCCCAAAUACAUGGGGCACAAAAUUUAGUGAAUUUAUAAAUCUGGAUUUGCCUUGUGUCCUUCUGAGUUUUCAAAGGCAAGUAUUCAACAGUCCCCAUGUGAUGACUGACAGGGUUAUUUGCCUCAUCCACAUCCACCUUCGGAAUACAUUAACUUCCUUUGUAAUUUAUUUGAAAGUAGUGUUAAACUCAUUCAGAUCAUUCAGUUGGAUUUUCCCAAUGAAGAGGAAAAGGAAAGUAGUUAUUCCUAGCUCCAUUUCUUAUUUUCCACCAAAUUUAAUUGAAGGGCAUUAAUUAGAUGUCUUCACCCUGAAUUUAGACUUUGCUCUGUGUUCUCCCGGUAACUGUCAGAUAAAAAGUUUAUUGGCUCUGAGGACCUGAGAAAUGUUGGGAACCUGGUUUCUGCUGUACACAGGAAAGAUUUGUAAGUGAGCUCUCUCUUUGAAAACAGGACCCAGGCUGGGCACAGCAGCUCAUGCCUGUAAUCCUAGUAUUAUAGGAUGCAGAGGCUCGGGAGGAUUGCUUGAGCCCAGGAGUUCAAGAUCCGCCUAGGCAACACAGGGAGACCCUACCCCUACAAAAAAUUUCUGAAAAAUUACCUGGGCAUUGUGGGGCACACCUGUUGUCCCAGCUACUCUGGAGGCUGAGUCCAGAGGAUCGUUUGAGCCUGGGAGUUUGAGUUUGCAGCUUGCAGUGAGCUGUGAUUGCACCACUGUACUCCAGCUUGGGCAACAGAGCAAGAUCUUGUCUCAAAAGGAAAAAGAAAACAGGACCUAGGUGUUUGGGGUACACUGCCACCCAGGGAGUGGAUCAAAAAUAUACAUAGAAAAAGAAUGAGCAUGUCUCUAUAAUUGUCUUCUAGGACCAUAUUGCUGUUAGAAGUCCUAAAAGAGGAUGGGUUGUAAUUUAGCAUAAUAUUCUGAAUUCAUUCCAAGUUUAAAAUCCUGUCAUUCUCUGGCUCUUCCUUUUUCACAUCAAAAUGAUGCUGUUGGACUUAGAGGCUUCCGAACUGUUUUAUUGAGGGCUACUAUCUGCCUCCACAAUUUUAUUAAAACCACUCCACCUUUAGACAAAGGUGACUUUUGUCUGAUUUUACAAAUCAGAUUUUAUUCAAGCUUUCUAAAUAUCUGUGAAGUAGACCCUAGAAAAUUGUCUCGUUUAUUUUAAAUAGAAUCUAUGCUUCCACCAAUAAACCAUCGGGAGCUAAGAAACAACAUAAUGUUGACAAAUCAGGAACCUAACAGAUUAUUUUGUCUCUCAUUAUUAAUUUGAAAGAGCCUCUAAACUUUUGAGAAAUCAAUGUGUCUUCUUAAGAAAGUUAAGCACCCUCUCUUAACUUUCCCCUCUAUUUGCUCUCCUUUUUCUUUCUUCUUAAGAGUAUUUAUAUUAUUUUGUUAAGCAAAAAUGGCUAAGAUUGCUCUAAAAUUUGCAAAAUGAGGAGUGGAUUGCAAAUAAUUGAGGGAUUUAUUUCUUUAACUUUAUAAGACUUUAAAAAAAAAACCCAAAUUCUAAGCACUGACAUGAAAGUUGCCUUUGAGAAGCUUGUUAUUCAUUAUACAAAAAGUAUUUGCCCAUUCCUAUUCUAAGAUUUGCAGAAUAUGUCACCCUGUCUAGCUUUUGAGUUUGCUAUCUGGUUUAAUAUUGUAUUUAUAAUUUAAAGUGGAAAUCAGAAACUGUUUCAAGAACCUGUAUUCUAUCCCUUACUGAGUGUCCCUUCUUUAAAUAGUGUUUGCUGAAUUAAGCCGUUGGCGGCAGUGGCAUUAAGUGGUGGAAAAAGGAAAGUAUAUAUGUUAGAGUUUUGACUGAGGGAUAAAUAGAAAGCAGAAUGAAUUAAUGGAAAAGAACUUGGCUGUUAGGCCAUUCUCUAAAUUCUAGUUUAACCACAAGUUUAUGUGUGGUUUGGGGCUUCAUUUAUUUAUCUCAUGAGUAAAAUGGGAUAAUACCUAACAGGCAGGCUCUGAAAGUUGGAAAUCACAUACACACACACACACACACACACACACACACACGAUCAAUCAUCUAGCUCAUAUUAGAUGUUCAAUAAAUAACAGCUACUACAGAUGCCUAUCAGUUGAGUAAGUAGUUCAUUAAAUUGAGCUCCCAAAGGUCUCUUCUGUUCACAUCCAUAUCCGUUUCUGCAGCAAUCAAAUAGAUACAUGAUUGUUUUUCUGUAAGAAAUUACUGCAAAGAGAAUAUUUUUCUCCUACUAACUGUUCCUUCUACCUGGUAUAGGAGAUGAAUGUACGUUUCUUAAUUAGCUGACUUUUUAGUGUGUCAUUUCUGAAGGAAAAAUAAAUUAACCUUAUAGUGGCAUGUAGGUCCAAUUCAGUUUUCCUACGUGUUCCAAAACUUUAAUUAAAUUACUGUGUCCAAAAUUAUGAGGACAGUGUCAUUCAUUCACCAUAGUUUAUAUUUUUAGUUAUAUAUCAAACUUCCUUGGCACCUAGGAUAAGAACAUUUCUUUUGAAGUUAUCCAAUUUUUUUUUUAUUUUUACUUGGCUUGAAGGAAAGUUGCAAAAUAUGGUGGAAAAAAUCUUCCGCAUUAAAAGGGGGAAAAAACACAACCAUUUAUGAUCUCAGUCAGCAGAUUUACUCUACUCAAGGAAAAAAAGAAACAACCUUAUUGGAAGCAGAUGUUGACACUGUGUCAGUUAUUGAAGAUGGAAGGAGUUCACUUGAGCCAUUGCAGUUACAAAGGGGUAUUGAUGGCAGUUCGGAUUCCUGAUUGAUCACCUUUGCAGCCAAGGGAAAGACAGCAGAAACUGUAUGGGAUCAGAAAUGAAAUCAGCCUGCCAGUUUAAUGGAGAGGCUCCUAGAAACUCAUUUUUUUUCUUUCCUGUAAGAUAAAAGACAUCUUUCAGAAUAAGAAAGGCUUGUUUGAGAGAGAAAUUACAGUUUAUUCUCUGAAAAUAUUUAAAGGCCAAAGUUCCCUUUAAAUCUAUUAUUAAAGCACUGAAACUAUUAUUAAAAUCAUUAUAGAAAAAUUAGGCAAAAAUUUUAGCCUAGCUUUCAACAUCCAUUCAAAAACGAAUGUUGAAAACAAACAUAUAACCUAUAAAAAAGUGAAUGGCUCUGGCAAGUGGGGGCAUGGGUGGAGUCCAUAAGGAAACCUCAGUCUCAGUAACUUCAAAAUGUUACUUUUCUUGGUAACUUGGUCAUGGAGAUUGGUCACAGCACAGACAUUUAGAAUUUUUUAGCAGUUUUUUUUUUUUUUUUCUUUUGAAUCGUGUAGUGCUCUCUGGGAAUUGCACCAUGUACACUUUUACAACCUACAGAAAUCGUCAUUAUUGUUAAAGUAUCUCAACUUUUCUAUUUCUUUUAUUGUCUAUUGUGCUUUUUUGUUUAAAAAUACUUUUAUAGUUUUAAAGUAUUGGUCAAAGUAGUAUUCUCUUGAAGUUGUAGUCAAUUUAAUUUGAUCCAAUAAGUUUUUCUGAAUCUCCUUUUUAAGUUCCAAGAAAUUCUAUUAUAAAUAAGUGUACUUUUACCAAUUCCAUUGUAUAAGCAAACAGACACCUUUUAGAAAAGGAUAAGUAACCAUCAAUUUGUUUUUUUUUAAAAAAAACAAUUUCUAGACUACUAAAUUUGGCAUAAGAAUAAUUCUUUUAAAAUGCAACAUACUUUAAUUAGUUUUUUUGGUAUAUGCAUAAGAUGUGAACUUUCCUAUUGAUAUCUCUUUAUAUUAAUAGAGAUGUACAUUUCUUUCUAUGCCGUGGCUAGAGCAAAAGUUAAUAAUGAUUAUUUACACAAUUGAUUUAAUUUCUUAGGAUAUGUAUAAUAUUGGAUAUUAUAUCUGAUUUAAAAAUACUAUUCCAUACAUUUUUUUUUCAGGAGAUAAAACAUAGGGAAAGGUUUUCAUGUGAAUUCUUUGUAUCACUUUAAAGUACAUAUAUUUAAAGGGAAGAUGGAUACAAUUUGUUUUUAUUAUAUAAAUCUAGGUAAGGUGAAAUGCUUUCGUCAACAAAAAUACAGUGUAGUGAAUUUUAUAUUUGUCACUUGAUUAGGUAAACUGAAAACUAACAAUAGAAAUAUUAUUUCACUGCAUUGAAAUGCCAUGAAAUUUCAGACUUGUUAGUUCUACAAGCAGUUGUGCUACCUUAAUUUUGUGUUUCCAGAAAUAAAAAUUAACCUUAGUUAUGCUGUCAUUUUUAACUAAUAAAAAAAGUAUAAUUCAUAAAACUUUUGGCUUUAUAAGAUAAUUAUAAAAUUAUAUUUUUUUCUGUUUUUGUGGGGUUGGGAAAACAUUUUCUUAUUUCUAUUCACUCUUCAAAUGCAGGUCUCAUAAUAUGUGUCAAUGAUAUAAGAUGAUAGAAGACUUUGUAAUAAAAACAUAUGUCAUUAUCUUCAAUUUGUUCAAUAAAUAAUUUAAUGUGAA